AUGAAGAUGAAAGUGAGUAGAAGCAUUUCGAUAUCCACCUCAAGAAUCAUUAAAAGGAUCCCAAACCAUCUGAAGCUGGCAUCCAGAUCCUUAAGUUGCCGUCAUCAACACCAUUCAAGGAAGCCAUUGCUGGCGUCAGGAGAAUCCUCCGACGGCACAAGGAGUGGCAAGGUUCCCAAAGGAUUCCUCGCUGUUUAUGUGGGUCCCCACUUUCGGAGAUUUGUCAUUCCGGUUAGCUUCUUGGCCAUGCCUGACUUCGGUGUUUUGAUGGACUCCGUCGCCGACGAAUACGGCUGCGACCAUGACGGUGCCAUUCACAUCCCCUGCGAUGAAGACCAUUUUCAGCAAAUUUUGACCUCCUGUUCCCAACGAAAACGGGCCUUGCCUUCUAAGAAACCUGCUAACAUCCCCCUCAUUUGUAGUCAUUAA